AUGGCCGUCUUUAUGACGGCGCGCGAGCAUCGCGCGGCUAACCACGAGGUUAAAAUGUCGAGUGCAUCAAACUUCAAUCUGCGAUCGAUCCUAGAUAGAGAAAAGCUAAACGGAACAAACUUUGUUGAUUGGAAUCGAAAUAUGAGAAUUGUUCUCAGGCAAGAAAAAAAGGAGUACGUUCUCGAUACGCCUUACCCAGAAGAGCCUCAGAAUGUCGCGCACACCACUAGUGCAUAUCGUGCUUAUUGCCUGAUGCUUGCUUGCAUGAAUUCUAAGUUGCAAAAGCAAUUUGAGAGCACUAACCCGUACGAUAUGAUCAUCGGGUUAUGUGGCAUGUUAGAAAACCAGGCGAGGGUCGACAGGUUUAAUACCUCAAAAGCCCUGUUUGGUUGCAAGCUCGCUGAAGGUGCUCCAGUCAGCCCUCAUGUGAUUAAGAUGAUUGGGUACAUUGAGAGCUUGCAGAGACUGGGUUUUCCCCUCGAUGACGAUCUCGCCACCGAUGUGAUACUACAGUCCCUGCCUACUAGCUUUGAACCGUUCAUCCUGAACUAUCACAUGAAUGGUUUGAAGAAAUCGCUGACUGAGUUGCAUGGGAUGCUUAAGACGGCAGAGGCGAGUCUUAGGAAGACUCCUGGUCAUGUGAUGAUAGACCAGAAGGGUAAGAAGCGUAAGCGCCCACCGAAGGCUAAGAAACCUACCAAAAGUGGGACUUCUGGGAAUUGCAAGAAGUACUUGGAAGAUAAAAAGAAGAAAGGAGGUGCGACCUCCGCUCAUGGUAUUAAUGUUAUUGAAAUUAAUCUUGCUAAGCAUUCUAUUAAUGCAUGGGUAUUUGAUACUGGUGCAAUGAUUCACACUUGCAAAUCAUUGCAGGGGCUGAAAAUAAUUAGACGCUUUGCGAGAGACGAAGUGGAUUUGCGCGUCGGGAAUGGAGCAAAGGUUGCUGCGUUGGCCGUCGGCACUUAUCCAUUGUCGUUGCCUUCUGGAUUAGUGCUAGAACUCAAUAAUUGUUAA